AUGGACAGCCUCACGGCAGCUAUCCUCACAGUGUCCACGACAGCUGCUCGAGACCCUUCCACGGAUGCAUCCGCUCCUGUUCUGCGGAACGUGCUGGCAGAGGAUGGAGGCGGCCGAUGGCUGGUGACGGCGGAGAGCAUAGUAUCCGAUGAUGUGCUUGCUAUCCAACGACAGAUUAUGCAGUGGGCUGAUGGGGCGGAUGCGCCGCACCUGAUUAUCACGACGGGCGGGACAGGGUUCGCCGUGUCGGACGGGACGCCGGAGGCCAUCGCCCCGCUGCUCCAUAAACAAGCCCCAGGGCUGGUACACGCCAUGCUGUCUGCCUCCCUGACCGUCACACCUUUCGCCAUGAUGUCCAGACCAGCAGCUGGGGUAAGAAACAAGUCAGUCAUAGUCACUCUCCCUGGCUCUCCGAAAGGCGCCAAGGAGAAUCUCCAGGCCGUCGUCAAAACGCUCCCCCACGCCUGCCUACAAGCAGCAGGUGCCAAUUCGCGGGCCCUCCAUGCCGGAGGGAUCGAGAAACUCGAGGCGGAGGUAGGCAUUGGCAGCUCAAGAAGCCCACAAGGCCGUAUCCACGUCCAUCAUCACCACGGACAUGGCCACGGCAAUCUUGUCAGGCAUACCAAGCUGGAAACGACAGCCUUGUCAAACGAUCCAGCUCUUGGCCCGACCCAUCGGCACCGUGAAUCACCUUACCCCAUGAUCUCGGUGGAAGACGCCCUCGCACUAAUCUCCGAGCACACUCCUGAUCCAGGAAUUCACGAGUGUCCCGUAAAUGACAAGGUCAUUGGCGCCGUGUUAGCAGAGGACGUGACCGCUCGUGAAAAUGUACCAGCCUUCCGCGCGAGCAUCGUGGAUGGAUACGCCGUCGUGGCGCCCAAAGACGGGAUUAUGAAGGGCCGGUUCCCCGUAACAGCUGUGUCGCAUGCUGCGCCCGGGGAAACCAAGACACUCACAGAGGGGGAAAUCGCGCGAAUAACCACCGGAGCUCCCCUACCACCGGGCGCUACAUCCGUCAUUAUGGUCGAGGACACGGUCUUGAAGGCCAUGACAGAAGACGGCAAGGAGGAAAGGGAAGUGGAGAUCCAAGCCGAGGGCGUCGAAGAGGGCGAAAACAUCCGCGAGGUAGGAAGCGACGUCUCCCAGGGCACCGUGAUCCUCAACAAGGGCGAGCAAAUCUCGGGAGUUGGAGGCGAGAUCGGCCUUCUGGCGUCGGUGGGAGUCGCCAGCGUCAAAGUUUACAAAAAGCCCGUCAUCGGCAUCCUGUCCACUGGUGACGAAAUCAUUGAACACGACCGGGCCGGACCGCUUCGUCUCGGCGAAGUCCGGGACACGAACAGAAUCACGCUCAUUUCCGCCGCCAAAGAAUGGGGAUUCGAAGUCGUUGAUCUGGGAAUCUCAAAGGACAAGCCCGGCUUGUUGGAGGAGACACUACGGGGCGGCCUCCGGCAAGCAAACGUGCUUAUCACCACCGGCGGCGUGUCCAUGGGCGAGCUGGAUCUGUUGAAGCCCACUAUCGAGCGGUCUCUCGGGGGGACGAUUCACUUUGGACGAGUGGCCAUGAAGCCCGGCAAGCCUACGACCUUUGCUACCGUCCCCGUCAAGGAUGACAGCGGCCGGCGCGUGUCAAAGCUCAUCUUCUCGCUGCCUGGUAAUCCUGCGUCUGCCCUGGUGACGUUUCACCUGUUUGUCUUGCCGUCGCUGCGUAAACAAGCCGGUGUGUCGCCGGCGGGAUUGCCAACAGUGCCCGUGGUACUCGGCCACGACUUCCCCAUGGAUCCCAGGCCAGAGUAUCACCGUGCUGUGGUGACGGUGGGCCAGGACGGCGUGUUGACGGCGAGCAGUACGGGUGGCCAGCGGAGCUCCAAGGUGAGCAGCUUGAGGUCGGCAAAUGCCUUGGUCUGCAUGCCUUCUGGCACGGGGAAGUUGGAAAAGGGCUCCAGAGCGAAAGCCUUGUUGAUGAGUGCCGUGCGGGCGACGUAA